UGCAGCCUUCACGGUGGACGGAUCUCUUUCUGAAGGUGACCUGCUUUCAGCACUGCUGGGGACUCCUGAGAUGAAAUCAGUUUCAAGAGCUCUCUGGCUUUGAAGUGCUUCAGGAGCUGUGGCUUAAGGUGCAGACAUGGCCAAGUCCAAGAACCACACCACGCACAACCAGUCCCGAAAAUGGCACAGAAAUGGUAUCAAGAAACCCCGAUCACAAAGAUACAAAUCUCUUAAGGGGGUGGACCCCAAGUUCCUGAGGAACAUGCGCUUUACCAAGAAGCACAAGAAGAAGGGCCUAAAGAAGAUGCAGGCCGACAGUGCCAAGGCCAUGAGUACAUGUGCCAAGGCUAUCAAGGCCCUCGUAAAGCCCAAAGAGGUUAAGCCCAAGAUCCCAAAGGGUGUCAGCUGUGAGCUCAUUUGACUUACCUACAUUGCCUACCCCAAGUUUUGGAAGUGUGCUCGUGCCUGCAUUGCCAAAGGGCUCAGGCUGUGCCAGCCAAAGGCCAAGGCCAAGGACCAAACCAAGGCCCAGGACCAAACCAAGGCCCAG